ACCCAGGGAGGGGCUGACGUGUUGGGGGCGUGGUCUUGUGCCUGGAACUGCGAGAGAGGGGGUUAAAUAUGCAGAGCAGGCAAGUCUAGUCACACAGAUUACCUGUCGCUGUUAGAUUGAGCUGCCUUUUUACCCUGGAGAGAAGAACCGAGACGAUCAGAGCGAGUGACUAGAGCCGUGCUGCACAUCCCACUGACAAUACCUGAACAACUUCUAAACAGAAUCUGUGUGCUGUCAUGGACAGUGUGGAGAUGGAAUCUGUCCAGAUUAAAGAGGAGUUCUCUGUACCUGAACUUGUCCCCUUUAGAGCGGAGGUCUCUGGGCUGGCUUCCCUCCCCAUUAAACAGGAGCUCUGUGAGAUGCAAUGUGACAGCAGUCAGCCACAGGUCUCUGAGAUUAAAGCUGAGCACAGUGAAUUGGAGAUCUCUCAGACAGAAGAACCCCUUCCUGUGAAACAAGAAGAGGUGCUGGAAAUUAACCAUAUUAAACAGGAGCCCCCUGAAGUAGAGUUUGACCACAUGGAACCAGGGAAGGAAGAAUCCGAGGACUUCAAACCAAACAUCCCUGAGCUGGAGAGAGUCUGUGUGAGAGAGCAAGGUGCUGGAGAGGAAGGCUGUCUCAACAGCAUGCAAGGAGGUGGACAGGGAGACAGGCGCUUCACAUUCACAUUCAGUCUAGCAGGUUCCAGUCCAGCAGCUAAAAUGAGGGCAGGUGGUGGAGAAUAUCCUGACUGUGGGAAAGGUAUCACGCUGUUAGGGCAUUUAAACAAAACCCAGCGGACUUACACAGGAAAGAAACCGUAUCACUGCUAUGACUUUGGGAAGAGUUUCAGUCAGUCAGGAUACCUUGUUUCACACCAGCGAAUUCAUACAAGAGAGAAACCGUAUCGCUGCUCUGACUGUGGGAAGAGUUUCAGACGGGCAGACAGGCUUGUUUCACACCAGCAAACUCACACAGGAGAGAAACCGUAUCGCUGCUCUGACUGUGGGAAGAGUUUCAGUGUGAAACAAAGCCUUCAAUACCACCAGUGGACUCACACAGGAGAGAAGCCAUAUUGCUGCUGUGACUGCGGGAAGAGUUUCAGUCGGUCAGACAGUCUUGUUUCACACCAGCGAACUCACACAGGAAAAAAACCGUAUCGCUGCUCUGACUGUGGGAAGAGUUUCAGUGUGAAACAGGGCCUUCAAAACCACUAGUGGACUCACAAAGGAGAGAAACCGUAUCGCUGCUCUGACUGUGGGAAGAGUUUCAGUGUGAAACAAGGCCUUCAAAACCACCAGUGGACUCACACAGGAGAGAAACCGUAUCACUGCUCUGACUGUGGGAAGAGUUUCACUGUGAAACAAAGCCUUCAAUACCACCAGUGGACUCACACAGGAGAGAAGCCAUAUUGCUGCUGUGACUGCGGGAAGAGUUUCAGUCGGUCAGACAGUCUUGUUUCACACCAGCGAACUCACACAGGAGAAAAACCGUAUCGCUGCUCUGACUGUGGGAAGAUUUUCAGUUGUAAACAAGUCCUUCAAAAACACCAGCGAAUUCACAGAGGAGAUAAACUUUAAAAACCAUGUUCAAUGGGACUUUUCACUCAUGAAGGGGAAAAAAAUAUUAACCUUGAAUUACGAAUCCCUGUGUAAACGGUUUUGUAGAUCACUCUUAAGAGCAUGCAUUUAAAACUCUCUUGCACUCUGUGUCAGAUAGUGGGUGGUGAUGCGGACACGUCACAAGAGGCUUCUCUGCUGUCAGUUUAACUCAGGCUGUCAAUGCAGUCAGUGCCUGGGAGCGGGAAUAUGCAGAAAGGAAACUAUUCCACACCUCAUCUGAUGGACGAGUCAGGAGAAAUCAAUAACUCAGUGUGGAAAUGAGUUUCAGGAUUCAACAUUUUGAACUUACUCAAUUUAUUUAUUUUCAAGUUAAUUAUCAUGCUUUUUAUUUUUUUUUAAUGAUCUAAUGUACAAUAAAUGAUAAAUUGUUUGUUUGU